AUGUCUGGACGUGGGAAACAGGGAGGUAAAACUCGAGCUAAGGCCAAGACUCGGUCAUCUCGAGCAGGCUUACAGUUUCCCGUGGGCAGAGUCCACCAUCUUCUUCGCAAAGGCAAUUAUUCCGAGCGCGUUGGGGUCAGCGCGCCAGUGUACCUGGCAGCGGUGUUGGAGUACCUGACCGCUUUAGUGUUGGAACUGGCGGGCAACGCGGCCCGUGACAACAAGAAGACUCGCAUCAUCCCUCGCCAUUUGCAGCUGGCUAUCCGCAAUGACGAGGAGCUCAAACUAUUGGGCAAAGUCACCAUCGCUCAAGGCGGCGUCCUGCCCAGUAUUCAGGCCGUGCUGCUGCCUAAGAAAACUGAGAGCCGCCAUAAAGUCAAGGGCAAGUAAAAUCAACUUCAGCCAGAAA